CGAAAAUAUUGGGUGAAGCAUUGAAAAGUGUUGACGCAAUCCGCAAAUUUCCGAAACCACAAAUAAUGUUAUCCAAUUUAGCAGAAAGCAGGAAAUAGAAAAUCAGACGAAAAUGGAGGCAACACUUUCCCUUUGUUGUUCAUCAGUAAUUCGAAGGCUUCCACUCUCUUCCAGCUUAUCCUUCUUAGCUUCGAAGUCUAAUUACAAUACAUCAGUUGUGUUGAAGAAAGCCAGAAUCAGCAGCAGAAGAACAAAGGGUUUCACCUGCAAGGCCUUCUUUGGACUUGGCGUGCCCGAACUUGUUGUCAUUGCAGGAGUUGCUGCCCUCGUUUUUGGUCCCAAGAAGUUGCCCGAAGUUGGUCGCAGCAUUGGCAAAACCGUCAAAAGCUUCCAACAGGCAGCAAAGGAGUUUGAGACCGAGCUAAAAAAAGAACCUAAUUCCACAGAAGAAAUUCCUGUUACGAGUGACCAGGAGGAGCAAGACAUUAAGGUUUCUAGUACAAAGGAAGAUAGUGCAUGAGACAUUGAUAUUAUAUUCGAAUUAGACAUGUCUUAAUAAAAUUGUACCAUGGCGUUAUGCUAUGCAUUUAAAAGUACUACUUUACUAUUCUAAAAUUUAAGAUGUAAAAAGUUGUGCAAAUGCUGAGUGUUAGUAUAUUCAAUUAGUAGAGAGAGUUUGUAUUUCUAGACCUUUUUUUCGAAUUCCUUGGAAUGUCUGAGCUAACCAACUUGAACUACCUUCAUCCGAAAAGAUAUGCAUUUCAUGCAAUUCAAAUAGUCAAAAAGUAA